UUAAAAUAUAACAUAAACUCAUAAAGCGAUAAUCGUAGUGAUUUUGACACGGUUGUCGCGUUGGCCGGAGCAUCGUCCCCCGACUGACAACCACUAACCAGUGUAACCUCCGUUCUAACCUGCUCGUGCCACAUACGCCUACUUUUAUGAAACGUUCGAUCGGAUUUUCCCAGUUUUCCUCAACGAAAUGCACUUUUCCAUCGCUCUUCUGGCGUCCCUUUUGAGCCUUUUGGACUUUUCCGAAAGUUAUUUUGUCACCGUCGACGCCCACAACGAAGAAUGCUUCUUCGAGAAGGUGGAACAGGGAACAAAGAUGGGUCUGAUGUUUGAAACGUCCGAAGGUGGUUUCUUGGACAUUGACGUUAAGAUAAUUGGUCCGGAUGGCGCUUCGAUUUACCAGGGCGAGAGGGAGUCGAGCGGUAAGUAUACGUUCUCAGCGCACAAAUCCGGCGUUUACACGUACUGCUUCAGCAACGAGAUGUCGACCAUAUCGCCCAAGGUUGUAAUGUUCUCGAUGGAGGUCGGAGAGGCCCCGACAAACGAAUCGACGGAUGACGUUCAUAGCAAUAAAAUCGAAGUCAUGAUCAAAGAGUUGUCGCACGCCCUGUCAGGAGUGAAACACGAACAAGAGUACAUGGCCCUCAGGGACAAAAUCCAUCAUGGGAUAAAUGAAGCCACCAACAGCAAAGUCGCCGUGUGGUCUAUAUUCGAAGCCGUGAUCCUUAUCGCAAUGACCAUCGGGCAAGUCUACUACCUCAAGAGGUUCUUUGAAGUCAGACGGGUCAUCUAGUUUGAUUUCCAUAAUUAAAAGUAUUUGGGACUAUUGGGUUUUUUUCUACUCAUCUGAAUCGCAUAUUCACUUUUUUUCUGUUUUCAAAACUAUUUAUUAUUUAUUUUGUAUAAAAAGUCAACAAAAUUUGGAAAAGAUUUUACUUGUAAAUAUCCUGUAUAAUUUAUCUGGCAACAUAAAAUAAAGACUGUCCUGUCAUCCAUA